AUGGAAGACUUGCUCGCGCGCGAGCAUUCUGCUGAACAAAAUGCCCUCAAACUUGUGAAGCAGCACGAUGUGCCGCUGCAGGCGAUCCUCGAUGCCUUCAACAGCUACCGCCCGUUGAGCGAGGAAGUCAUCUUCGCCGAUUUUCACCAAGUCGAGCGAGCGCAACCGGCGCUGUGGCAGGCGCACCUGGAUUGCCGGACAGCAUUUGCCAAACAGCUCAAGGAUAUGCGCAAGAAGCACGUCGACCGGCCCGUGGAGACACGGGUCAUGGCAAAGACAUAUCUGCGCUUCCUCAAGGACAGCGAACAGCACUAUCGCAACUACCUCAACCACCUCGCUUCCGCUUCUGGAGGUGACACAAAUCUGCUGGCUGUUGCACGUCAUGUGAAGGGGAAUGGUAUCGGCGAAAGCCACUAUACGCCAAUCGCUUCCGAGUUGAUCCCUCGAGCUUAUGAUUCUUGCUAUCGCACGCUUUGUUACCUCGGAGACUUGUCUCGUUACCGUGUGGAAAGUGAACUCRACAGCAAGCCGAGCUAUGCACAUGCAUUUGGUUACUACGAUUUGGCCGUCACUUUUCGCCCAUCUAAUGGCCUGGCCCACCAUCAACAGGCUGUUGUUGCGCUCAAGACUAAGGAUCACAUGAACGGGAUCUACAGUCUGUACCGCUCCAUUACUAUUGCCAACCCAUUUCCCCUCGCCCAAAAAAAUCUUGCUAUAGAGGUCGACAGGACCAACACUGCAUGGGACAGGAAGGAGCUCAUCCCAAAAGGCUUGCCAAACGAUCCUGAUGCCUCGAAGCGUAAUUUGGUCGGCUGGUUCAUCCGUAUGCACAGCACGUGCUUCAAAGGCGGACAUCUUUCGAGUCACGCUGAGCUGGAGCAGGAGGUCUUCAGCCAGCUGGCAAAUGUAAUCAAGCAACGUGAGCUUGACCGCACUCUGAUGCGCAUGGUGCYCAUUGGGAUCGCAGCUCAGUACUGUGCUGGCGAAAGAUACAAAGAGGACCAUCUCAACGAUGCACUCCGCGACUCGUACAUUUUCUACCUUCGGUCCAACAUUCGCAUGUUCACAACUCUCUUGAGCGUAUUCUACGAUGAUUUGCGCACCUCAUUGCUCGGAAUGAACGACCAGGACGUCGAGUUGACAGCAAAGCUGACAACGGUCGGGCGCCGCCUCCUACCUUCUCUGCGUGUCCUCAGCAACUGGCUGAUGAGCACAAUCAAGAUGGUCACUGGUCUUGUUGAUGAGCCUAUUGUUCACGARUUCAUCCCGAUAUUCUGGAAGAGCUAUGCGAGAGUGAUCGAUUUGAUUGCWCAAGCGUUUCCAAUAUGGGAUCUGGAAGAUUUGCCUGAGCUCACUUAUCUGCUCGAUGAAGAUGCCAACACAUUGGAGUUCCUGCCACUCACCAAGGAUAGUCCUCCCAGUGUCCAGAAGACGUGGAACCUUAAGACGACCGGUGUUUUGAAAGACCGCAUAUCAGACGGCAAUGUUGUACGUUUCUCACCCGAUAUCGAGAUGCUUCAGCGUAUCAGAGACUUCUUAUCGGACGGUGUCAAUAUGGCGAACGACGACGAUGGUUCCGAUGUGCCCAUCCAUCUCCGCGGGACGCGAGUGUUCUUUGGUGAUAUUUCCAACAUUGAGCCGUUGAUCGUACGUCCGGUGGACUACCACCCAGCUCCCAUUGCUCCUUCUAAGAAGGCCACCAAAGAAAAGCCCAAGCCUGUCAGCUAUGCUUCUAUAGCUGCAACCGCAGUCACACAACGUCAGGCACUUCCUACACAACCGCUGGCGAAGAAAGCGAAGACAGUCAAGGCACCGUCUCGUGAUGCUCAAUUGAGUCGCAUGGUAGAUGACCUGGUAGAUGAUGACGAGGCAAACCAUCCUGCGACUCCUCCACAACAGCUUGUCAGCAACCCUGCUGUCGUCCCAAAUGGGGAAGUGUCGUUUGCGCUCGAGGACAGUGUUCACGACAUGGCGGCUACGGCGCCAAAGUUCGCACAUCAGGCAAAUGGGUCAUCGGCCGGGACGAACGGUCAUUCCAAUGUCACUCUCACUUCACCGGCUGGACGUUCGCCUGGCAGCAUGGCAAGCACCGCGGCGGGACAUCACGAACGCCUACACUCGCUCUCCAAGAUCUGGAACCAUCCCGAGUCAUCAUCGUCCUUCUUUCCUACUGGUUUACCGACUGGUACCUUCGGUUCCCCACCCACGAACCACUUCCGCGGCCMCUCACGCGUAAACUCUGCGAGUAGUGCUCGCAGCAGAGCUUCGCUGAAUGUGGCUGAUGCUUGGGACCCGGCACCCCGUGUGCUUGCAGACAACAGCAUGACCUAUGGAAGCCCACUCUUGUUCGGCGCCGGUGGUGGAACGUGGAGCACUYCGCAGUCCAAGUACAACAAGAACUCGACCUCUCCAAAUGGUCAAGGCGGCUGA